CCACAGUCGGUGUCCAUCCAGCCUGUAGCUGCUGCCCUGCUACAAAUGUUCCUGCCUAGCUCAGUUAAACUGAACGGAGCGCACUGAGAUCUGCCUAAUCCAGACUUUAGGAGUGAUUUUGGGCCUUAGGCUGAGCCCCUGAUCAAUGAGAGGUGCUAGGUGGGCAGUGUGGGUCUUCUGGACCAUAAUCAUUCUCUCAAAAGAAGAUGCUCCCAAGCAGACGUCUCUGUCAUGUGAUCCUGUUGGCAUCUGUGAUGGUCAUUCCAGGUUUUUGGACACCAUUCCUUCAGGCCUGACAGAGGCUGUGAAACAGCUGAACCUGUCCUCCAACAAGAUCUCACACAUCAGAGAAACAGACCUCCAGGCCUGUGUCAAUCUGGAAGUUCUCUUGCUGCAAUCCAACCAAAUUCGUGCCAUUGACCCAAAUUCCUUUCAGGCCCUGGGAAAUCUGAAACAUCUGGACUUGUCCCACAAUGACUUGUCUCACUUGUUACCCUCCUGGUUUAAUUCCCUCUCGUCUUUGCAGGUGCUACACUUGGAGGGCAACCCCUACCUGCGACUUGGGCAAAGCCCUCUUUUUUCUCAUCUCCCCAGUUUGAGGGUUCUUAAAGUAGGGAACAGUAACAACUUCUCAAGCCUUCAGAAACAAGACUUUGUAGGGCUGAAGAUGCUGGAGGACCUGGAGAUUGAAGCUGAUUAUCUUAAAAAAUAUGAGCCAGGAAGUCUGAAGUCUAUUCACAACAUAAGCCACUUGACUCUCAGUAUUAAGAGGCCUAUUUUACUAGCAGACAUCAUAGUCGACGUUGCAAAUUCUUUGCACAGUUUGGAACUGAGAAAAACUAAUCUGCAAGCUUUUGUUUUUUCACCACCUUUGUCUACCUCUAGCCAGCCAGUUAUUGAGAAGAUUAUCUUUAAAGAGGUGGAAUUCACAGAUGGAAGUAUCGUUGAAAUUUUUAAACUGUAUUCCUAUGCUUCUGAGUUGUUGGAGGCUGUGCUUGAGGAUUGUAAAUAUUUUGGAAAUGGAAAUGUGGAUGAGGAGUUAUUAGAUAAAAUUAAACAUCAAGGGAAAAUUGAAACAGUCACCAUCCGGAGGUUGAAGAUUAAAAUUUUUUACUUAUUUUCUGACCUGAGAGCUGUGUAUUCAUUUUUAGGAAGAAUCAAGAGAAUCACUCUCACAAGUAGCUACGCUUUCCUUGUUCCUUGUGCACUCUCAAGAAAUUUGAGAUCCCUAGAGUAUUUUGAUUUGAGUGACAAUUUGAUGACUGAUAAUUAUCUAUAUAAUUCAGCUUGUGAGGGGGCCUGGCCCAGCCUGAACACCUUAAAUUUGAGUCAAAAUAAAUUAAUAUCUCUGAAAGAAGUGGGGGAAACCUUGCUGACUGUGAAAACCCUCACUCACCUGGACAUUAGCAAGAAUAGCUUUGACUCUAUGCCCGACACUUGCCAGUGGCCAAGGAAGUUGAAAUAUUUGAACAUUUCCAGCACAAAAACCUAUAUAGUAACUCCAUGUAUCCCCCAGACCCUGGAAAUCUUAGACAUCAGUAAUAACCAGCUCAGUGAUUUUCACUUGCAUCUGCCACACCUUAAAGAGCUUUAUCUUUCCAGAAAUAAGCUAAAGACCCUACCAGAUGCUGCUAAUCUCCCCAAUUUAGUGUCAAUGAGCAUCAUUCAGAACACUGUGCUUACUUUCUCUAAGGCACAACUUGAGUCCUUUCAUACCAUGGAAAGUUUGGCCGCAGGAGUCAACAACUUCAUUUGUUCUUGUGAAUUUGUGUCUUUUGUCCACAAAGAACAAGCCCUGCUCGCUAAAGUCCUGAAAGAUUGGCCAGAAAGCUACCUCUGUGAUUCUCCAUUCCAGGUGAGAGGCCAACAACUUCCGGACGUUCAGCUUUCCUUCUCUGAAUGCUACCAAGCGCACCUGGUGGCUGCGGUCUGUUCUUCCCUUUUUCUGCUUGCCUUGCUGACUGGCGUUCUGUGCUACCGUUUUCAUGGCAUCUGGUACAUGAAAAUGAUGUGGGCCUGGCUCCAGGCCAAGAGAAAGCCCAAGAAAAAUGUAGCGCGGGAGAUCUGUUACGAUGCUUUUGUUUCCUACAGCGAAGGAGACUCUUACUGGGUGGAGAACUUCAUGGUCCAGGAACUGGAGAACUUUGACCCCCCCUUCCGACUGUGUCUCCACAAGCGGGACUUUGUGCCCGGCAAGUGGAUCAUCGACAACAUCAUCGACUCCAUCGACAAGAGUCACAAAACGCUCUUUGUGCUUUCAGAAAGCUUUGUCAAGAGUGAGUGGUGUAAGUAUGAGUUGGAUUUCUCCCACUUUCGCCUUUUCGAUGAGAACAAUGAUGCGGCUAUUCUGAUCCUCCUGGAACCCAUUGAGAAGAAAGCCAUCCCCCAGAGGUUCUGCAAACUUCGAAAGAUCAUGAACACCAAGACCUACCUGGAGUGGCCCAGGGAUGAAGCUCAGCAGGAGGCAUUUUGGGUCAAUUUGAGAGCUGCUAUAAAGUCAUAGCCACAUUCAUUGGAGUUCAAACCUUAGCUUGUGGGAAAUUAUUGUAUAUAUUUUUUACUAUUUUCUGAACAAAGACCAGAUUCUCCUCAAUAUUUAAGGCUCUCUCUUGUGGCUUUUGUAGCUUGUGGAGUUACAGUAGACCUGUAUUUCAAAGGCCUAGGGGAUUUUUGCGUUUGUCUCAUAAAAUUACUUGUUCACAUCCAGGUAGAGAAGGCUGUUUCAGGCACUGUCUGGAUCACUCAAUUUCCUGAUAUGAAUUAUUAUUAUUUUAGUUUGGACCAUUUCCCUAAACUGGUUAGGGGCUACUGCAAAGAAUGCAGGGUUGAUACAUUAAGAAAAUGAGUAGGAGCAGCUAGGUGGUACAGUAGAUAGAGCACUGGCCCUGGAUUCAGGAGGACCUGAGUUCAA